AACACUUAAAAAUUGUUUCUCAAAAGUCUUACGCAUAACAACAAUGGACUUGGCAAAUCAAUGGCCACGCUGCCAAAUAGCUGGCUGUGUCGUACGUUUUUGCGCAAUCACAGCCUUGUCUUACUUUACGGCCAAGUGGAUCAUUUCGCGGGUGGAUCCUCUGAACCAGAUGAAGAACCGCAUUAAGCAGAAAGCUGCAAAGCAGCUGAAGAAACUGAACAAGCGGAAUAGCAGCGGUAAGGAACUGAAGUUGGGGGAUCUGAAUGAACAUGAAAUGGCUAUAGCCGCACACCUGGUGGCACCCGAGGAUAUCAAUAUUGGUUGGCGCGAUAUUGCCGGUCUGCAUAAGAUUAAGGAGGAGGUGCGCGACUCGCUUAUUCUGCCAUUAAUGCAUCAGGAGUUGUAUAAGCAAUCGCGUUUGUUCAGUACCCCCAAGGGCGUGCUGCUCUACGGACCGCCCGGUUGUGGCAAGACUUUAAUAGCUAAGGCUGUUGCCACAGAGACCCAGAUGCGAUUCAUCAAUCUGGAUGUUUCUAUGCUCACGGACAAAUGGUACGGCGAGUCCCAGAAGUUGGCCAAGGCCGUGUUUACGUUGGCCCAGAAGAUGCAACCGUGUAUUAUUUUCAUCGAUGAGAUUGAUUCCUUUUUGCGGGCACGCGGUAAUUCAGAUCACGAGGCAACGGCCAUGAUGAAAACACAAUUCAUGAUGCUCUGGGAUGGCUUGCGGACCGCAACGAACUCGACCAUCAUUGUCCUGGGUGCUACGAAUCGGCCGCAGGAUAUAGACAUGGCCAUAUUGCGUCGAAUGCCGCUGCAGUUGCACAUCGGAGCGCCCAAUAAAGCCGAACGUCUGGACAUUCUGCGUCUCAUACUCAAGAGAGAGAAGGUGAAUUCAUCGGUGGACCUUCGACAUCUGGCGAAGUCAACAGAUGGGUUUUCCGGUUCUGAUCUGCGGGAGCUAUGCCGUUCCGCAAUGGUUAGCCACAUGAAGCACGUCAUGGACGAACAAAUAGGUGCCGGUGAUGCAAAACAAAUAUUACCUUUCAAGUUCGACGCCUGUGAUUUAUCGCUCAAUGUAGAGGACUUUGAGAAGUCAUUGGCCAAGUUAAAAAAAUCUAAACAAGUCCUGCUGAGUAAAGCAGAAAGCGUAACAUACGGAGAAGAAUAUUAAUGGAACUGGAUAUACACAAAACAUUGCAUUUAUUAAAUAGAAUUGGAAAUUUUCGUCAAUUA